GAGAUCCGCCUGCCUCUGCCUCCCUAGUGCUGGGAUUAAAAGCGUGUGCCACCACCGCCCAGCCCUGAUGACAUCUUUUGAAGUCCAAGUUAGAUAGGCAUUAAUAGCCAGCUUUAUAAUUUACUACAAACGUUAUCAAAAUAUAACCCUGUGAAUUGUUUUUAUACAGCCCUUCUUAAAAUGUUUAUUUCUAAGGGUUGUAGGGACACUGAGGAAGACUUGGAAUGUCUUGACUGGCUGUGUACAGAUGAACUGUACUAGCUCGGCACUAACCUAUCGCCGCUCUGACUUUUCAACUGAAUGCACUGAUUCUGUGCUCCUCUAAGAAGUCUAGAAGGUCCUUGAAAAUAGUUCAAUGAAACCUAUCUUAAAAAUUUGGCACUUAGGUAUGAAUUCUUUACUGUAUAUCCUUUUGGAGAGUUGGGAGGCAACACAGGGUCUCAAUAUGUAGCCCACACAGGCCUAAAACUUCAGAUUCUCUGUCUCUGCCUUUCAAGUGUUGGAUUAUAGGCACGUGCCACCACACCUGACUUAUUAUGUUUCCGUAUAAUACUCUUUCUAGGAACUUGACAUAAAAUCGGUGUUCUCACGCGUCUAUACUGUUAGCCUAUGCUUAUUUACCCUGAGGCCUUACUGCCUUGGGCACCAGGUUGAGAUGCUUAGAAGUGGACCAUGUUAGACAGCAUUAAAAAUCUUUUUCUUCCCUUUUUAUCUCCUCUCUCCUUUUCUUCCUCCCUGUCCACCUCUCUGGGGAUUGAACCCAGGAACUGGGCAUCGGUUUCUGGACCUGCCAUGAUUUCAGUCUUUAUCCAAGUCACACAUGUCAUAGCAGAUGUCCUCCAGUGACCCAGCUACCCCUCAGCCUAUUAAAACAUUUUUAAUGGAGCUUUUAUAAUUCUUUAGGUGAAGUCAACGAACAUGCACUGAAGAAAAUUCUUUCAAAUGUCAAAAAGACUGUGGUGGGCUGGUACAAAUUCCGUCGUCACUCGGAUCAGGUAAUGACGUUUAGAGAGCAGUUGUUGCACAGAAACUUACAGACGCAUCUUUCAAGCCCAGAGCUUGUUUUUCUGCUGUUAACACCAAGUAUAACAACAGAAAGCUGCUCCACUCACUGCCUGGAACACGCCUUAUAUAAACCUCAAAAGGGGCUUUUUCAUAGGGUGCCUUUGGUGGUUGCCAACCUGGGAAUGUCCGAUCAACUGGGUUAUAAAACAGAAUCCGCUUCCUGUACAUCCCCUGGCUUUAGCAGAGCCGUGAGAGCACACAGUUCUCAGUUUUUUAACGAAGAUGGAUCGCUAAAGGAGGUGCAUAAGAUAAAUGAAAUGUACGCUGCAAUACAAGAAGAAUUAAAGAAUAUAUGCCACAAAGUUGAACAAAGUGAACGGGAAGUAGAGAGACUAAUGAUGGAUGUAAAUCGAUUAAAAGAAGUUAGAAAAGAGCAGCAAGCCCGGAUUAAAGCAGCAGGAGAGAAGAAUGUCCAAAACAACCCCCAGGAGAACAUUCUUCUUUGUCAAGCUUUACGAACCUUUUUUCCAGAGUCUGAGGUUCUUCAUUCUUGUGUUAUUUCUUUGAAAAAUAGACAUAUUUCUCAAAGUGGAUGUAGCAUGAAGCACCAUCUUGAUGUGGCUAAGCUGACCUUAAUGGUGGAGUAUAUUCACAGCCCUGACGCUAGUCCACUGCCUGAAGCCCAGCUAACUAAGCGUAAAGAUGUAGACACACAAGACCAGUGGCCUGGGAAGAAACCACGGCUGCAGGAGACAGAAAGCAGACCUGGGAUAGCUUCCCAAAGCAGUCACCAAAACAAAACGUCCUCAAGCAGCCCAGAUAUAGACACAGAGAUGGGAAGCCCGGAAGAGGACACUGAAUACCCUCGCUCUCCCACAUUCUGAUUCUUGCUAGAUGCUAUUUUUACUUGACUGAGGUUCAGACACCUUUUUACUGUCUGCUACUGGAGUAACACAUGAGAAGUUCAUGUUUUACUGCACUGUAGGGGAAUAUGGAAUUUUUACUACUCAGCCGUUUGUAAUAAUGAUAAUGUUUUAUAAAGAUUUUUAGAAUUUCCUAUUUAUAUUUCAUACAUUGUAAAUGCUCUGUGAAUGUGUACAUGUUCCACUCAGCUGCAACCUCCCUCGCUUCCCAGCCUCUUCUCACUGUGCCUUCCCUGCAGGAAUUCUCCCUUCCCCUUUAUAUCCCAUGUUCUGUUGCCUUCCUCGGCCCUGCAGAUUCUUUUUCUCCCAUCUCCUGACCCCUUUCUAGUGGCCUGGCCUCUGUCCAUCCACAUCUAAAGUACUUUUUAGAAACAUUUGUGGUGCAGGAAUCGAUGCAGGGCCAUGUGAACGGUAGGCAGCUUCUCUACCACUGAGCUGUAGUCCAGAUGGGUUUUUGGUUUGUUUGUUUGUUUGUUUGUUGAAAGGUCUCUAUGUAGUUCUGACUGUCCUCAAACUAACAAACAUCUGCCUGCCUCAGCCUCCCAGGUGUUGGGAUUAAGAACGCAUGCCACCACACCCAGCUAAGAUGCUUUUAUUUCAGAGUCACGACCUUUCAGUUUCCCCGAGUUAUCAAGGGAGACUUAAAAGAUGCAUUCUUUUAAACUACAACAUUCUUCAAAUUGGAAAAGAGAAACUAGCUUUGUUUCACAACACAGAAAAGAGCACAGAAGUUUGCAAAAUCAGGCCUGGGAGCUGGCUCAGCUGGCACAGACAUCUGCAGUGAAGACUGACAACCUUAGUUGGAUUCUUGGGACUCCCUCAGCGGAAGGAACGAGCCGCCUUCCACAAGUUCUUCUGACUUCCACACAUACCUUCAUUGUGGCAUAAUCAUGAAACCCCCACAAAUAAACUUAAUAAAAUUCUAAAGU